GCCAAGCUUCAUCGGCAGCUGAGUCAGGAUGAUGGCAAACUCCGGGGCCGGGGGAGCCUGGCCACAGCCCUGUCUCUGUCAGGCAAGCAGCUGCUGCCUUUGUCCAGUGGUGGGCACAGUGGUGGGGGACAGCCACCCUGGCAGUGCUCAGGGGAAGCCUCCAACCUGGUCCGUAUGAGAAACCAGUCCCUGGGGCAGUCGGCCCCAUCGCUGACAGCUGGACUGAAGGAGCUGAGCCUUCCGAGAAGAGGCAGCUUAAUCUCUUCUCUUGGUCGAGGAAACAGUGAUGUCCACCCGCACUUACCCUCUUCAGCGUCGGCCCCGGCCCUGUGCCACCCCCAGCUUCCUCUCAGUGCUGACGGGGCUUUUGCCACAGCUCCUCCAGUUUUUUUCCUGAACCUGCCCGUGCACAGUGGCCUCGGAAGCUGCCACCCGUUCCUGUGGAGUUGUAGGACGAGUAACCGAAAGAGCCUGAUUGUUCCAUCCAGCACCUCCCCAACCCUGCCCCGGCCCCACUCACCACUCCAUGGCCACCCAGGCGGUAGUCCCCUGGACAGCCCCCGGAAUUUCUCUCCCAAUGCUCCAGCCCCGCACUUUUCCUUCGUUCCUGCCCGCAGGACGGAUGGACGGCGCUGGUCCUUGGCCUCUCUUCCUUCCUCUGGUUAUGGAACCAACACCCCUAGCUCCACUGUCUCCUCCUCCUGCUCCUCCCAGGAGAAGCUGCACCAGCUGCCCUUCCAGCCCACAGCCGAUGAGCUCCACUUCCUGACGAAGCAUUUCAGCAGUGAGAGCGUCCCGGACGAGGAGGGCCGCCAGUCGCCAGCCAUGCGGCCCCGCUCGCGCAGCCUCAGCCCUGGCCGCUCCCCAGUCUCCUUUGACAGUGAAAUAAUAAUGAUGAAUCAUGUAUACAAAGAAAGAUUCCCCAAGGCCACAGCGCAGAUGGAGGAGCGGCUGGCUGAGUGCAUAGCCUCUAACGCCACCGAGAGCGUGCUGCCCUUGGCGGACGGGGCUCUGAGCUUCAUCCACCAUCAGGUCAUCGAGCUGGCCCGGGACUGCCUGGACAAGUCCCGUGGCCCGUUCACGUCCCUCUUCCUUGAACUUCAGGGCGGGAAGCUGCUGCAAGACGCCCAUGAGCGGUCGGAGAGUGCGGAGGUGGCCUUUGUGACCCAGCUGGUGAAGAAGCUGAUGAUCAUCGUGGCCCGGCCGGCCCGGCUCCUGGAGUGUCUGGAGUUUGACCCUGAGGAGUUUUACCAUCUGCUGGAAGCUGCUGAAGGGCACGCAAAGGAGGGCCAGGGGAUCAAAUGUGACAUCCCGCGCUACAUCAUCAACCAGCUGGGCCUCACUCGGGAUCCGCUGGAAGAAAUGGCCCAGCUGAACAGCUACGACAGUCCAGACACUCCUGAGACUGACGACUCGGUUGAGGGCCGCGGAGCCGUUUUGCAGGCCAAGAAGACACCGUCUGAGGAAGAGUUUGAGACAAUCAAGCUGAUCAGCAAUGGCGCCUAUGGGGCCGUGUUCCUGGUGCGCCACAGGUCCACCCGACAGCGCUUUGCCAUGAAGAAGGUCAACAAGCAAAACCUCAUCCUGCGCAACCAGAUCCAGCAGGCGUUUGUGGAGCGCGACAUCCUCACCUUCGCCGAGAACCCGUUUGUCGUCAGCAUGUUCUGCUCCUUUGAGACCCGGCGCCACCUGUGCAUGGUCAUGGAAUAUGUGGAAGGGGGGGACUGUGCCACGCUGCUGAAGAACAUCGGGGCGCUGCCCGUCGACAUGGCGCGCAUGUACUUUGCUGAGACAGUGCUGGCGUUGGAGUACCUGCACAACUACGGCAUCGUGCACCGGGACCUCAAGCCGGACAACCUCCUGAUAACAUCCAUGGGUCACAUCAAACUGACUGACUUCGGGCUGUCCAAAAUUGGCCUCAUGAGCCUGACCACCAACCUGUACGAGGGCCACAUCGAGAAGGACGCCCGCGAGUUCCUGGACAAGCAGGUGUGUGGGACCCCCGAGUACAUCGCCCCCGAGGUGAUCCUGAGACAGGGCUAUGGGAAGCCGGUGGACUGGUGGGCCAUGGGCAUCAUCCUCUACGAAUUCCUCGUGGGCUGCGUCCCCUUCUUUGGGGACACCCCAGAGGAGCUCUUUGGACAAGUGAUCAGUGAUGAGAUUGCGUGGCCUGAGGGGGAUGACGCCCUCCCUCCCGAUGCCCAGGACCUCACCUCCAAGCUGCUGCACCAGAACCCCUUGGAGAGGAUGGGCACAGGCAGCGCCAGCGAGGUGAGGCAGCACCGCUUCUUCAAGGACCUGGACUGGACGGGCUUGCUGCGCCAGAAGGCUGAGUUCAUCCCGCAGCUGGAGUCUGAGGACGACACGAGCUACUUCGACACCCGCUCAGAACGUUACCGACACAUGGACUCAGAGGAUGAGGAUGACCCCAACGACGACGACCACGUGGAAAUCCGUCAAUUCUCUUCCUGCUCCCCAAGGUUUAGCAAGGUGUACAGCAGCCUGGAGAGGCUCUCCCUUCUCGAAGAGCGCAGGACCCCGCCUCCCACCAAACGCAGCCUCAGUGAGGAGAAGGAGGACAGGCUGGACGGGCUCAGCGGCCUCAAGGGCAAGGACCGGGGCUGGGUGAUCGGCUCCCCCGAGAUAUUGCGUAAGCGGCUGUCGGUGUCUGAGUCCUCCCACACGGAGAGCGACUCCAGCCCCCCCCUCGGGGUACGGCGGCGCUGUUCGGGGCUGCUGGACGCCCCCCGCUUCCCAGAUGCGGCCGAUGAGGCAGGCGGCAGCCCCCAGCAGAGCCAGCAGCUGGCAGAAGCCACGGCCUUUCUGACUCUGCAGCCCCGAGAGGGCGGCCCCGGGCCCGCCACGGAGCAGCCGGGAGAGCGGAAGGCGCAGGGGGACAAGGAGCCAGGUGGGAGUCCCGGGAGCGUGUGUGCCCAGCAAGGCCGCCGGAAUAGCCACGAGGGCCUGGAGAGCUCCACGCCCAAGGCCAUCAGCGACCUGGCUGUGCGGCGGGCGCGCCACCGGCUGCUGUCCGGGGAGGCUGGAGACAAGCGCUCGCCCAGGCCCGCCAACAAGGUCAUCAAGUCCGCCUCCGCCACGGCCCUGUCCCUCCUCAUCCCCUCAGAUCACCAUGGAUGCUCCCCCUUGGCCAGCCCAAUGUCCCCCCACUCUCAGUCAUCCAAUCCCUCGUCCCGGGACUCCUCCCCAAGCAGAGACUUCUCUCCGGCCAUCAGCAACCCGAAGCCCCCCAUCGUCAUUCACCGAGCUGCCAAGAAGUACGGCUUCACCCUGAGGGCCAUCCGCGUCUACAUGGGGGACACCGAUGUUUACACUGUGCAGCACAUGGUUUGGCACGUGGAGGACGGGGGCCCGGCCAGCGAGGCGGGCCUGCGGGAAGGAGAUCUCAUCACACAUGUCAAUGGCGAGCCUGUGCAUGGGCUGGUGCACACUGAGGUGGUGGAGCUGAUCCUGAAGAGCGGGAACAAGGUGUCCAUCUCGACAACACCCUUUGAGAACACGUCGAUCCGAGUGGGACCCGCCCGCAAAGGCAGCCACAGGUCCAAGAUGGCCCGAAGAGACCGGAGGAGCAGGGCCAAGGAUGGGCCCGAGAGCAGCAGGAAGAGGGGCUCCCUGUUCCGGAAGAUCACCAAGCAGGCUUCCUUCCUGCACACGAGCCGCAGCCUGUCGUCGCUGAGCCGCUCUCUGUCCUCUGGGGAGAGCGGGCCCGGCUCCCCCACCCAUGGCCAUGGCCACGGCCACAACCUGGCCCCGCGGUCUCCCACCCAGGGCUACCGAGGAGCCCCCGAGGCCUUGCACUCAGUAGGUGGAAAUUCUUCCCAGAGCAGCUCACCCAGCUCUAGCGUCCCCAACUCUCCAGCCAGCUCCGGCCACAUCCGGCCCAGCUCCCUGCACGGUCUGGCCCCCAAGCUGCAGCGGCAGUACCGCUCGCCCCGGCGCAAGUCGGCAGGCAGCAUCCCCCUCUCCCCGCUGGCGCACACUCCGUCGCCCACGCCCCAGGCCACCUCCCCCCAGCGCUCCCCAUCUCCUCUGCCGGGCCACGCCCUGACCGGCAGCCCCGCAGCCUUCCCCGGGAAGCUGCACUCCUCCCCGCCCCUGGGCCGGCAGAUCUCGAGGCCCAAAAGCGCUGAGCCGCCGCGCUCCCCGCUCCUGAAGAGGGUGCAGUCGGCUGAGAAGCUGGGGGCGGCCCUGGGGGCCUCGGAGAAGAAGCUGUCCGCCUCGCGCAAGCCGAGCCUGGACCUGCCCCCCUGUGAGGUCAGGAAGGAGCUGGGGCUGCCCGGUGAGCCGGGGGAAAAGGCCCCCCUGCCCAAGGCGGCCUCCCGGAGCCUGGGCACCAUUCGGCACGACCGGGCGGAGCGACGGGAGGCCCUGCAGAAGCAGGAGGCCAUCCGCGAGGUGGACUCCUCCGAGGAUGAGGAAGACACGGAUGACGACGGCUCCGAGAACAGCCAGGAUGGACGAGGACAGGGGCCCUGCCGGGCCCUGCCCCAGCUGGCCCCCGAGGGAGGGCCCCCAGGCAAAUUCCUGCCGGCUCACCAGGCCCAAGAGAGUGCCAAAGAAAGCGCCCGCGUGCCCCAGGACCCACGGGGCAGGGCUCAGCCUCCCACAUCCACCCCCGGGACUCCCGUGAGGACACUGGCCGAUGAAGCUGCCCCGGGUACCCUGGCACGGCUGGGGUCCGACCAGCGCCAGGCCCUGGGGGCCCAGGGCUCUCUCCAGGCCGCCUCGGGUGCUGAGGGUCCUCGGGGCGCAGCCUCCACGGAGCCCACACUCCUCCAAGGUGAUGGGCAGGCCCAGCCCUGUCCCAAGCCAGCACUUACAGCACUUUGUCCUUGGCUGUCAGGGGGCCCCCUCCCUUGCCCUGGUCCACAUCCGAAGCAGAAGCAGGCCCCCGGGAGCGGCUUGGGCCCCGUCCAGCUCCGACCUCUGCCCCUGCAGGUGCCCACCCUGACUGAGGGUGGGCACGGCUGGGAUGCAGCCUCGUCCCAGGCCACCAUGAGCCUUCAGCCGGGAUCCAAGCUAGAGGGCUCCUCCAAGCCUGGCCAGCCCCAGGCCCCCCAGCUCACCAGCCCUUCCCAGCCCCUCGCCUACAUGACCCCCAGCCCCAGCCCCGCCCCUUGCCCACCUUGGGAGCCCAAGUGCCCCUGGGCAGAGAAGGAGGAACUAGCUUUGGGGAGCACCAAGGUGCCUGACGCUGCCGGGGACAGCAAGCAGGCCCCCCAGUGCAAAGGGCACCUGCAGCCCCCCGGGCGGGAAGAGACUGUGCCGCCAAGAGCCCUGCACGAGCCCCAUGACUGUGCCCUGGUGCACGACGACCUUCUGAGAAGAACGUAGCUGCCGGCCUGGGCCCCGACCCCCCGUAUAAUAUAUGCUCAUGGAAACGCCUGCUGUGCCGCUAUCUCUGUGCCGCCCUGGGCCCGGGGAGCGUCUGUCCCCACUUAUGUCGCUGUCUCCGGAGCCGGGCUUGGGGCUGCGGUCUCGUCCCCCCUCCUCUCCCAGGCACAGGCAGGGCCACCCAGGGGGUGCCGGGGGAUGGGUGUCUCCCAAGGGCCCCACGGGGGGAGGGAGGCCGCGGCCUCUCAUUGGGCCCGCUCCUCGGAGGGCAGACACGGGGUGGGGAAGAAGGUGCUGGGGGGAGAUGGUCUUCCCGACCUCCGUUUGUGUCUCAAGGUGAGCCUCAAGGGAAGUGGAGCUGAGAUGGUGCCAGGGGUCUGAGGGCCCCAGCUGCCUUGGCAAGAGCUGCCAUUGGUCCGGGGGUCCGGGCUGAAAUGGAGCUGCCUCUGAGAAGUUGCUCCCUAGGGAGGCCUGGAAAUAAGGAGGGUUGGCAGCCAGGGGGCGCUUCUGGGCGAGCCGCUGCUUGUGGAGCACAGGGCUCUGCUGUAUGUCCUGGGCCUGGCGCCGACCGCCUCCCCUCCUGCCCCUUCUGCCUUCUGUGAAAUCUUUGUUCUCCCUUAAUAUGCAAGCGAGGCCUCCUGUGGCCCUGGUGCUGCCGCCGAGGAGGUGGAGAAGGUGGGGUGAGGGCAAGUGGAGGACAGGAGGCCUUGGGGGCUCUCAAGUCGGGACCCCCGAGUAGCUAGAGGCCUGGAAGUGUCCCCGGUGGGCCGAAAGGCAGGCCGGGAAUCAGCCCUCAGGGCUGCGGCAAACCGGCGAGAGCCGGCUAGGACUCUGGAAUUGCAGGAGGGGCAAGGGGCUGCCCAGGGGUCCAGCUUUGCCGAGGCCUUGACAGGCCUUACAGAGAACGGGGGAGGGCUGCUACACACAUGAAAUGCCUGGGAUGGGAGCCCUGUCCCCACCGAGCUUAGCAGCUGAGUGAGAAGCACCCACCCCAGCUGCGCAGCCAGGGAGCUUCUCGGGACAGUCAGAGGCCCCUCGAGAGGUCACCACCUCCCUCUCCAGGGCCCCCUGGGGCCCUGCCCCCCAUCCCCGCCCUGCACCUCCAGGGCUGCGGAAAAAAAUCCAUGAGAGGAGCUUCCGGCCCAUACUCCUCCUUUUCCCUGCACCACUUGAGCACGCGCCCAGAACGUGGGCAUCUGCAGCGGAGGAGCAGCGCCAUCUGGGCACCAGCUCCACUCAGCUUGUCCCACCCUGACCCCUACACAUUCGCCAUGGGAGGGUCAUCCACAGGCUAGUUCUGUCCAGGGUUCUGGAGGGGCCGUCCGCUUAAUGGCCAUCCAAGGUGGCCAGGGGCUCCGUCUCCCCAAUUCCAAACCAGGGCCUCCGCCACCGGGGCACCUUUUGCAUUUAUCUGGGGCCCUGCUCCGUACAGACACAGGGAUAAUGCGGUCCUGCCCCAAAGGGGGCUCCCUAUCGAUUGGGGAAAGCACCAUGUUCAGACCAAGUUCAAGGUUUGGGGGGAGAGGCAUAAGAGUUUGUGAUGGAAGGAGGUGCUUGAGUCUUGGAAAAGGGGUUCCAUGAGGCAAAGGUGAAAAGGGGGGCAGUUUGUGCAAAAGCGGGAGGUCCUGAUGGCUUGGUGCGCUCAGCCGGGUGGCCGAGGGCAGGGGGAGGGCCUGCUGCUGUGGACCCCUGGGGAUGAGGGAGAAAAUCAGACGGGCACUUGGGUAUCAGGGUUAAUCACUCGGUAGUCUCUUUUUUUCAGUAGUGAUACUUGAGAUUGGGGCGGCUAGGUGGUGCAAUGGGUAGAGCACUGGCCCUGGAGUCUACUCUGGCCCCAAACUCUAGCUGUGUGACUCUGGGCAAGUCACUUAACCCCGACUGCCUCCACGAAAUGAUAGUAAUACUUGAGAUUGUGCAUUCUCUGCUGCUAUCUUGGGGUCCUCCAGGUCUCCGGAGAGCCCAGCCCCCUUUCUCCGGGGCCCAUGAGGUUUGAUCCCACCUCUCUCUGGGUUCUGGACCAUCCCUUUGCACGGUCCAUGGGGCAUCUCCAUGUCCUUGGUGAAAGAGGAUGUUUCUUACAGAAACACGGAGCCAGGGGUGGCUUCAGGUGGGGCAGGAGGCCGGGCCCAGCCAUCAUGGCACAGCGGCUCCUGGCCAGAGACAGCUGGCUCGCGGGCAUUGUGGAGCCCACGAGCGAACCGGGAUGGAUGGGACCACGGGCCCCUCUGUGCUUCGCCCCCCCCCAAGUCUUCUGCUCAAUGGCCCGCAAAGUUCUUCAAGCUCGUGGUUCUCCCAAGCGGCCGGGCUCCUGAUCUGGGGUCGAGGGUGACCACCAGCACUGAGGGGAGGCAUGCUCUCCGGACACUGCUGUGGGGGCUGGCACUCGGGCGGCUGUCAUUGUGCACUUCCCCCAACAUCCCCCAGCUUCCCUUUUGCCCCUGCACUGUGCUAACGCUAAAAGCAGGACAUUCUCUGCCUCCCAAGGGACACCUUCCACCCUCUUUAGGACGGAAUCCUUUGGUCUCAUCUGUCAAGUACUGUGUCCACUUUUCCGGGCCUUGGGGUUCGUAGCCGCCCUAAGCACGUUUGCCUGGCCUCUCUGGAGGCAUUUCUUGUGAGGUCCCAGUGCCACUGCCCCGAGCUGGGACCAGAAAGAAUCGCCAAACCCAGGCGGCUGAUUUUCCCUCCUCUCUCGUCUCAGUAGUUUGCUCUUGAGCUCAUUUCUGUAUGGUGGUAGUAGCUUAAUAUGUAAUUAGAUUAUCCCCCAGAAUGGCAAAUCAGCUGGGUGGCCAGUGUGACCUGGUGCUACGGAGUAGUUUGGAGUAGUGUGUAAAUUCCUCCCAAAAAGCUGUGAUUGUGGAACCCCCUCAUUUAUGCGCUCCCCGACGAGUGAGUGUGGACGGGGACUUCAGCAAGAGGUGCAGGUCCCUCUGUGGAUUUAUGUAUCUUCAAAUAAAUGUGUUUUACUUGUAA